AACGGAUAUUAUUUUUAAAUGUUGCUUUAUAAAAAUAGUGUUUCUCACGAGUGCUGUUGCGUUUAAAUUUAAUUUUAUCUCUUGUAUACCACGGUAUUCGUGUGUUUUUAUUUUUCUCUUUCACGGAUCCGUGUGUGGUCGAAUGCUUUGAAAGUUUGAACACGCAAACCGACACGGCCGUGUCGUUUACGAAUCUUUCAAUCUGUCAUUGUCCACUUCCAGGACUCCAGUCCAGCGUACCUGUACGUACGCCAGGUUAGGCGUAAAGUCAGGUGUACGUACGGAUAAAAAUAGUGUACAGGUGCUAAACUCGUCCCGAGCUCUUAGCCUUGGACGUUUGGGACUGGUUUCCUGCCGCGUKAAUUUUGAAGACUGGUCACUGAGAUAUUAUUAAGCUAGGAGCGUAAAAUAAUUAGUGUUUCAGCCGUCCUAAAAACGAACGGAUAUCGGUUUUCGCGUGUCUUACGGGUGUUCGGUAAACAUCUAACGUAGUAUUUAUCUGCCCGUAAGUGUUAGUGUGUGUUGUGAUUGUGUAGAGUGCGUGCGUGCGUGCGUGCGAGCGUGUGUAGAGUGUCGUUAGUGGAAACGAGCUCUCUAAUCGGCUAUUCAUUGACACUUAUGCACAACUAUUUCGCGAUGAGGUGUUGCGCGCCCGAGUUUUCGGCGGUUGUUUUUCGUUCCGCCUCAAGGUCGUCGUCGUCACUGCCGCCGCCGUAGUGCGAUGGUGGUGUCCCGUUUUGCACGCCGAAUUUGUAUCGUUUACGGCGUUCGUGUGUUUCUCAAAAAUACGUGUAAUGAUCACCAGCGGUCUCGUGGUGGACGGCGUUAGCCACGGACUCCAGGCCCAUUUGCCGUAUAACCACCAGGCUGUUCAUAACCACCACCGUAUGUCAUAUGUAGAACCGUCGGCAUACAUGAAAUCGGUGGGACCGCCACCUCCUUCACCGCAGCAACAGCAGCAACAACAACAGUCUUCCGAGCUGCCAUCCACGCCAGAGUUCCUGCGGCCGUUGCCGAAACCGGCACCCGUGAACCCUCUAAAGGCACCUCGGGCGUCCUCAAAGUACGCAGUGGAUUGCCGUCCGGUCAACCUGACGGCCCCUAAAGAACCGUUGCCGCCACCGUCAGUUGACCACCACAUCAGGUUGGACGAUCGGCAUCAUCCAUACCCAGUGUACGGACAUCCUCGGCUCUAUGUCAGUACGACGCCGUACCACCCGUACCAUCCCAUGCACCAGCCGCCGGCGCCAUACGGUGUGUACACUAGCCCGUACGCACCUGUCAUCCCGCGAGAUACUAGGCACCAUCUUAUGCAGCCACCGCAAGAACGGAGAUACCCAAGUCCACCGAAUAAGAACGGCAGUGUUAGCGUCGGGAGUCGGACUAGCCCAUCGUCGUCGCCUCCCGAACAGUUCAAAGUUCCAAACGGUAGGGACAAUAAACCACCCCUACAGCUGCAACACCAGCGAAUCCUACCGCCUCCUCAACCGGUCACUACAGUGGCCGCCGCUCCUGCCGUCAACCACAACAACAACAUCAACAACAAUAACAACAACAACAACAACAACAACAACAACAACCACAUAGGCGCAGCCGCGGAACCAUCGCCGAAAAAACUGCGGCGUAUCACGCCCGAACCGCUGUCACCGCCGACGCCCAAAACGUCAAACUUCACCAAGGGUUCGCUGAUACGGUUGGCCAACGGCAAUAUAAAAAAAGUCGAAGACAUGAGGACCGAAGACUUUUUGAACUCUGUGGAAAACAGCGACCUGCACAGGAUCGAUCCUAGUACGGUAGUGAGAAUCGAACCCGUGGCGGAUUCGGCGGUCAAAGGCAACAUAAAGAUCACACUUAGCUACGGUGACCAAAGAAAUCAUCAGAUGGGCAGUGACAACAAAAAGACGAGUUCAGUUGCGGCCGUUACAGCUGCGGCGUCUAAGUCACAUCAGGUGGAAAUGGAGAGCGGCGCAGAACACCCGUACUUCGUGUUUGGCCGGGGCUGGGCGUCGUGGGACCCGUCCAAGACGUUGGCCAAGUAUGGGCUGACUUGCCAGCGACUGCAGGUGGGCGACGUGUGCGUGUCGCUGACGAAACGAGCGUCGGCGGUAGCCUCUGACGCGACAACGACCACGGCCACGACGACGCCACCGCACGGUAAACGACGACAACAGCACAACRUCGCUGUAGCCGUGCAACAGCAGCAACAACAACAACAGCACAACAAUCAUCAGCAACAAAACCUCCAUCAUCUCCAUCAACAUCAUUCGGCAGUCGUUCAAAAGGGUCAACUGCAGCCGCAGCAGCAGUCCGUAGACGACGAAAAGAAUAGCAGGAACAAGAGACGGUGGUCCGCCCCUGACCCGGAACCCGGUACUUAAGAACACGGUUUACUAUGAAGAAGACAACAAUCCUGUGUGCCUAAAUGUUUCAUUUCCGCGUCUCGGUCUUCCUCAAAUCUUAUGAAAGCGUUAACGAUGUUYACGUCUUAAAUACAUUUAUGUAAUCGUUUCGCGUUGGUUUUUGUAUAAUAUUUUUAUUGAUAUAAAAUAUUUAUACGUGCAAGAUUUUACGGGACAAAAACGACGUUAAAAAAAUCUUCUAGUCCCCUACCCCAUCCAUCCUCCUUAUUUCUUCCAUCAACGAUGUGACAUAAUUUUUCGUUUUGUUGUUUGUAUACUUUCAUUGUUUUCUCCAURACCAACCCAAAUAGAAUUGAUUCCAAUCUCUCGUGRCGGUGUUUAAGUUGAAAUUUUGUUAUGUUGGUGUGUAAUGAUUCCCAGCUUUGCAGUUACUUUUACUUCAAUAUAAUAUGUAAUCGUAUUAAGACUGAAAAUUCUCGGAAGGUUUUUAUAGAUUGUUUUGGAUAUUUCAUACAAAAGUAUAUAAGUGCAUUAUAUAAUUAUAACCACGAGGUGUUUGGAAUGUGAGGAUCAGGGCAGGAAAAACUAGGAACUGAAAAAACAAAACGCAAUGAUAAACUAAAGGAUUMACUAGUUUUCUCUUAAUGUGAAACAUAUUAAAUUAUAAUUUGUUAUGUGUAAAAAUGAGAAAUACUUAUUUUUAUCAUCGUUAUUUUGUUAAAAACUCAAACAAAAAUUUAGAUACAUGUUAUACAUUCACUAUUAAAAGUCUAUAAAAUGUAUUUUUUUUUCUCGGAAAAAACAAUGUAAAAAUCAAUACCUAUAUAAUUCGUAUUUAAUAAUUAUAGAUAAUAAUAUUAUGUAAACCACCUUUUAAUAUUAAUACGCUUAAAACUUAAAUGCCAUACAUUACGUGUUAUUAUUAUGUAUAAGUUUGCAGUAUUUCAAAAACUUUAAAUUUAUUUCUGGAUAGAAUGAUCUCAUCGCGCGUAAAUGAACAAAUU